AUGGACCACAUUCACCGUGUAUCAGAAGUCCUGUAUGUGGGUGUGUGUCGUGGGAUAGGGACACCGACAGAAGUAACCAUCAGAAGGGAUUUAGAGGACUCGGCGGAGAUUAUACUGAAACCUUCACAGUCAUAUAAAGGAGAGAGAACGAUGCUGAGUGGUAGUACUAGGGAGGGAUUCAGGUUUAAAUCAUCUGACUUGGAUUUCAUGAAGUGGUACCCUGAUCAUAAGGUGAUAUGUGAGAUGUCUCAGUCCAUGUUUUAUCGUCCACGCAGAGAUACAAUUAUCCAUAUGGAGACCUCCGAUAUUCCUCCGGGAUUCGCAAGAUUACAUCUACUCACACCGUCAAAUCGCCGAAUUGUCAUGCCCUCACUACUUGAGAGAAAUCUUACUGAAUGCAUUUCAAGUUCAUUACUCCGGAUGAGGUUCCAUCUAUUAAUGAAUGGCUUGAACCCGGCCAAAGAAGGUGAGAACAUACACGGUCCUUGUCACAACUACUCUUAUCUAUCCAUAGAGACUGAUAUCGCUCUGUGUUUCCAUUCCCGUCAUUGGCCAUUACCAGCCCUUCCCUGGGUUGAUAGAUGUUUGACUCGCGCAUGGCCAUCGCGUAGUUUACUGCAAUCAAUUAUUGAUGAAGGAUUUCAUCUCGUUCCUAUCGCAAACAGACAUAUAAACGAAAACUCAGAUUUGGAGUGGAGAAUUUCUUUUUCACAAGCAGAGCAAAAGCUAGUGUACUCUAUGAACCAUUGCCAGUUUCUCUGUUACGGAAUUAUGAAAAUAAUUUUGAAGGAAGUGAUAUCUGACGAUUUACUGUGUUCAUAUUUUAUGAAAACAAUAUCAUUUUGGAGAAUUCAAGAGUGUUCUUCAACUCCAUGGUUACCAACAACAUUGCUUCAACAUGUGUGGUUUUGUUUCAAAUCCUUGAUGCAGUGUGUAUAUACCAGUUAUCUUCCAAAUUUCUUUAUUCCGGAGAACAACAUGUUUGCAGGGAAAAUUGUCGGGGCGCAACAAAUAUUCCUGUAUCAAAAGUUAGAAACAUUUUACAAGAUGGGCGUUGCCUUCCUGUUACAUAGUCCCACUCUCAGAGAGAUUCUGAUCCCGGCCGUCUCUGAUCCAUACAUUGUAAUGCAGACAGGGGAAAGUUACCUCAAGUCAGAAAUAGAUAUAGAUAUUACUUUUUAUACCGAAAGCGCUUGUUCUAGAAGUAUCGUCUUUGUAUCGGAUUUCCUUAAAAACAUGAUGCAUUUAAAUGUAAUAGAUCAGUUAUUCACAACCUGUCAGAAUGUUGUAUACCAUGAUAGGUUGAUAGAUGUGCUUGUAUCAACUUCCAUGUCAUUAAAAGCGCAGAGUCUGUUUGAGUCAAAGAAAAAGAGAUACACCAUUGAUAGGUCAAUAAGUCACAUGUUAGAUCUAGUUUUAAAGUUAGGUUGUGUAUGUGAUGGUUUAUAUUUAGCGUUAUACUUGUACGAUACCGGUAGAUAUCAAACAGCGCUAACUGUCACAGAUACAGUGCAGCAGAGACUCUCACAACCCCAUGUCAUGUAUAUUAGAAUAGACAGACGGAGGUACAGUGAGGCGGUAGGUGGUCAAUCAAUGUUAACUAAGUUUAGGAAGGCUUGGACAAAACAUAUUCUGUUCAAAGAAAAUAUUGCUUUCAUUGUAGAAUUAAGGUUGGAACAAGAAGUCUGUAAAAUGAACGAAAUACCAACUUUAUAUUUAUCUCCCUUUGUGACCGUGCACAUGUUAUCUGUUCUAUGUCACUACAGACUAGGUAACAGGUCACAAUAUCUACAGGCACUGACAGACCUACACACCCUACUGCUCUAUGAUGAUGGGAGAUACGUACCUUUAAACCAUAGAGACUUUGCCUGGCAGAUACUGGGGAUCUGUCAACAUGUUGUGGGGGACUUACACGGGGCGUUUCAGUCUUAUCAAGAGUCACAUUGACAGAUACAAUAUCACAAAAUACAGAUAGCCACGGAAACUAGAAUUGAUUGUGCUGAAUCACAAUUAAGGGGGAACAGUACUCGUAUGGUGACGUAGAACUUUUAUAAUAGGUGUAAAAAAUUAGAUACCUUUCAAGCACAGGGUGUCUAUUGAAUUACUUGCAUGCAUUUUAUAUAGAUUAAGUGAGGACAAUGUACAUAUUGUACUAUUAAUAGUAGCAUUGCAAAUUUUCAGUAUAAAAUUUUGUAUUUGAUCGGAAUUUAAUGAUAUAGACAUAUAGAGAAAAUAACGUGAUCCCGGACAAUAUCGUCUCUUAUUACUCACAGAAAGUCCUGUUUUGUGGAUAUAUCUGUAAUUUUCUUUCUAAAUAAGUACUUCCUGUUUUCUUCACCUGUUCAAUUAAACAAAAAAAAACACAUUUGUCUCUAUUUGAAUACCUUUCUAUGUAUUUAGAUCUGACUAAUUACACAAAUAAAGGAAGUUUAUUU